AUGGAAAGUGGUAACCGGACGAGGAGUACGCUUUUUGAGCAGAUGACGGCGGUCGAGAACGGCCGGGACGCUCUGGUCGGUCUAACUCCCGAUGCCAUUUUGGGAAACGCUAAGCAGCCUGAACAACCGCCGGCCCAGAACCGUACCCUUCUGGAGAUUAUACGAGACGAUGAGUCUAACAAGGACAAGAAGAGUUGGAAAACGUUACGGGACAAGCUCCUGCUCAAGCGACCUAUCUCUGCAUGUAGUUCCUCAGUUCAUAUCCCGGCUUCUGAUGUCAUUUUUAAUAGGAAUAAUCCCAGUUAUCGCGGCACAGUUCCUUUCGUUCCCACUCUGCUAAACCCGAUGAUUCGUGUUGACUGUUGA